AUGUUCAUAGCACGAAGCGAGUAUGAUCGCGGUAUUAACACCUUCUCCCCCGAAGGCCGCCUCUUCCAAGUCGAGUACUCCCUAGAAGCCAUCAAGCUCGGCUCAACAGCGAUAGGCGUAGCAACAGGCGAAGGUGUGAUUCUCGGUGUAGAAAAGCGCGUGACCUCCACCCUCCUCGAGACCAGCUCUGUCGAGAAGAUUGUCGAAAUUGACCGCCACAUCGGGUGUGCCAUGUCCGGCCUACAAGCCGACGCACGAAGCAUGGUCGAGCAUGCCCGCGUCGAGAGCCAGAACCACGCCUUCAACUACAACGAGCCCCUGCGCGUCGAGAGCUGCACGCAGGCGAUAUGCGAUUUGGCGCUGCGAUUUGGCGAAGGUGCGGAGGGCGAGGAGAGCAUCAUGAGCAGGCCGUUUGGUGUGGCGCUACUGAUUGCGGGUUACGAUGAGGACGGUCCAAGUCUAUACCAUGCCGAGCCAUCUGGCACAUUCUACCGCUACGAUGCCAAGGCCAUUGGCUCUGGAUCCGAGGGCGCGCAAGCUGAGCUCCAGAACGAAUUCCACAAGUCACUUACCCUGCCCGAGGCCGAGGUGCUAGCCCUCAAGACAUUGAAGCAGGUCAUGGAAGAAAAGCUGGACAGCAAGAAUGUACAAUUGGCAAGCGUGACCAAGGACAAAGGCUUCAGGAUCUAUACUGAUGCGGAGAUGGAAGAGGUAGUCGGAAGGCUGCCUACAAACUAG